UGGGCAUUACUUAGUUAAUUGGGUCAAUUGAGAUGUAGGUUUCGAACCGCAACAAAAAAGAGUAUGUUUUGCAAUUACCACAGAAAGCUCUUCUCCUCUGCAUGAACACCACGCCGGCAGUAUAUCGGAAGUCACCUCCUACGGUUAAUCGGGAAUCAGCUGAUCGGAACAGGAUUUUGUCUGGUUGAAAGCUUGAGAUCCUAAACCUUUUAGUGGACCGUUUUCAGUUACAGACUUAUAGUUGAGAAGCAUGGUAUGGUGUCCAAAUUGUGUCAGGGACUGCCCUGCGGAUCGUGAUCAUGAUAGUGGAUACACGUGCUGCACAGAGUGUGGAAGAGUACAUUUUCAAGACCUCUUUGCUGAAUAUCCAACAUUUGUGAAAGGCCCCGGAGGAGAGAGUCGAUUAGCUGGAAAAUUUGUAAGGAGUGUGCAAAGUGAAUAUUCAGAAUCAUUCAGGAGAACUUUGGAGAAAGGAAGCAAUCACAUCACAGAUCUGAUGCAUAAAUUGAAUCUCCUUGAUGAUAUUGGACCUCAAGCUACAGCCUUUUAUCGGAUAGCUCUUGAACGCAGUUUUACAAAAGGACGGAUAACUACUCAUGUUGCAGCAUCGUGCCUCUACAUUGCUUGUCGGAUGAAGUCAAAACCUUUUCUACUUAUUGAUUUCGCCAUUUUAUUGAGUGUUAACGUUUAUGUACUGGGUGCUGUAUAUUUACAACUUUGCAAGCUUUUGAGCCUCGAAGAACAUCCAAUUGUUCAGAAACCUGUUGAUCCUAGCCUCUUCAUGCAUCGCUAUACUAAUGUUUUAAUGAAAGGUGACUACAAGAGUUGUGUCUCAAAGAGAGCGCUGCAGAUUGUUGCAAGCAUGAAACGAGAUUGGAUGCAGACUGGUAGAAAACCAGGUGGGAUUUGUGGUGCAGCAUUGUAUAUUUCUGCACUUUCUUAUGGGUUCAGAUAUUCAAGAUCUGAUGUUGUGAAAGUUGUCCACAUAUGCGAAGCAACUUUGAGUAAACGAUUGGUUGAAUUUGAGACUACGGAUUCUGCGAGUUUAACUAUUGAGGAGCUUGAGUGUAAAGCUAAGGAGAUUGAAGAGGAGAAUCGUUCUUGUAAACUACCAGACACAAUGCCCCGAGACUUUGUGACGAAGGAAGUUUUUUGCCAACACAAGGGCAAAGAACCUCACUUUGCUCACGGGCUCUGCAGGAGUUGUUAUGCAGAGUUCAUUGAACUCUCUGGGGGUCUUAUGGGCGGAUCAGACCCUCCGGCUUUCCAAAAUUCUGAAAAGGAAAGAUUAGCCAAACCAUCUGUUCAGGAAGGGGAGUUCACUUCUGAAGAAAGUCGAGAUAAUGGGAAAGGGAACACGAUGGCAGAUUCACAUGCUUCAGCUGCCACUGACAAUGGUGGAGACACUUCCCAGAAGUUUGCAAACAUGCCCUCUGUUGAUGAUGAAACAUCAACAGACAGCCUUUCCGACAUUGAUGAUGCUGAGAUGAAUGGCUAUAUUCAUACUGAAGAGGAGAGCAGAAAAAAGAGAAUUAUUUGGGAAGAACUUAACAAAGAAUAUAUUCAGGAACAAGCAGCUAAAGAAGCAGCUGCCGCCGCUUUAAAGAAUCUUGACGGGCUUUCAGAUGAUGUGCAAGCUGCAUACGAACUUGCAGCUGCAGCAGCCGCUGCUGUGGCAAAAUCAAGAGAGAAACGAAGACAGAAGCGAGCUGCAGAAGCGAAAACUGCUGGUCCUGCUCAGACUGCUGCAGAAGCAACCCGGAAAAUGCUACAGAAAAAGAGACUAAGUUCGAAAAUCAACUUUGAUGUGCUGGAGACACUGUUUGAUGAUGACAACCCACCUGCCAAGGAAUCUAAGUUGGAAACAAAGCUACAAGAAGAUGAAGCAGACACAGUGCAUAAAAGCUGCAAAGAGAAGCAGUGUGAGAGCCAGGAAGAUGAAGAAUGUUAUAGGGAAGAUAUGUUUUAUCAUGAUGAAUACAAUGACUGUGAUUAUACUAAUGAAGAUGAUUUCUGAAUCUUGUUGUUGUAUAUGUAUUUAUUAAAGUAGAUGGAUCGGAUGUUGCUUUCAGAUUGAGCUGACAUUGUGUUUCUCCUCCCCUGAUUGCGUUGGCAGUUGGCACACAGAUAGACCAGUUAAAGCGUUGGCAUUUGGCACAUCAACCAUUUAGUCA